AUGCAGAAAUGUAAAGACCAUUAUUACUAGGAGCAGUCAGGUAAGCAGACGUUUUUAGCCAACCUCCUUUUUUGUGAGUGUGUUUACUCAUAAUGUUAUACAUCUCCUGCCCUGAAAAAGCUCUGAGGAUUUCCUGCUGCAAAUGAUUUGGCAGCCCAGCUUUGACACCAUUUGUAUGACAUGCAGCCAGACAAGGACCUAAACCCUGACACAGAUGACCUUCCACUCCGAGCCAAUACUAACCACAUAUUUGUCAGACAUUAUGUGUUGGACCUGACACUUCAUUUUGACAGGAGGGUCAUCAGUGGUAGUGUCGUUCUGUUCCUAGAGCCUUUCUCUGGAUCGGGGUCUAAGACUGAGGAUGGCAUUGGACCUGGAAUUUGCACUAUAGGGGCCGGAAGGAGUCACGAUGUAUAUGUGUGCAGAUCUCAUGAUGAGGACACAGUGGAGGAGGGUACAGAAGGAAUUGGGAAGGCUACACCAAAGGUGGAGAAGAUGCUUGGCACUGGAGAAAAAGAUGGAGCUGAAUUUCAGGCUCUGUCUGGCGCAGGGCCACAGAUUCCAGCUGAAACCAAAAUGAUUCAGUCUUCACAUUUGUGGGAAACAACUGCUGAUGGUGAUUUCACCUUAGUGCUGGACUGCUGUGACCUCCAUGUGUCAAAGGUGGAAGAGGUGGACAUCUCCUCUCUGUCGGCCAUGUCUGGCCUCCAACCAGAGUUUGCAUCUGAGAGUUCAGGUAUCGGAUUAGUGAACCCACAAACAGCCUUUAUUCAGAACCUUAUCUCUAUGCCCUCUGACCAGUGGAAGCAGAAGCACCAGCUCUUUUCGCUGUUCAGCCAUGCCCCUGGUGCUCAGGAUUGCUGCUCACUGCAAUUUUAUAGAGACCAGUGGAGCCUGCAGGUGAGGAAGAAAGGGGUCGCCUCACCUCAGGAGUUUCCUCGUGCUCUCAGGAUCUGCUAUGAGACAAGACCAACAGGAGGCUCCGUGAGGUGGACCAAGGACCAGGACAACAGGGUGUGUGUUUACACCGCCGGUUCUCCCAUCAACAACCGAGCCCUCUUCCCCUGCCAGGAGCCGCCUGUUGCCAUGUCAACAUGGCAGGCAACAGUGCGGGCCCCCAGUGAGUGUGUGGUUUUGAUGAGCGGGGAGGAGGAGGCUGUACCUUUUGGGGACGGGAACACAAGCUUGUUAAUUUGGAAUUACUACGUCACUAUGCCCAUGCCCGCCUCCACCUUCACCUUGGCAGUGGGCCACUGGCACCAAGUCCCAGCAGAAAUUGCUCCAGCAGUGGAAAGAGGGCUGAAGACAGAUUGUAGUGAGACUGCCAAACUCGGGGCUAGACCCGGGGAAUGGGCCCAGGCUGACCAAAUGUCUGGACAUAGGAGCUCCAUCAGUGAAGUAGUAAAGGGCUCUCCACUCAAGACUGGCAGCAGCCCAGCUGUAGCGUGCUGCCGGCAGCAGAAAUCUCCCGCUACAAGGAAGGCCUUUAUUUUCAGUGAGUGGCUGGAAGGAAACUUGGAUUUCGCUCAAAUCCUUUGGAAGGGUUCUGAUGCAGCGGAUGGAGUUAGUGAUGGACUGGAUUUAGGCGGAAACCAGACCACCCACUCAGACUCUGCACUCUGUUGCUCUUCCCUUGAGGAUGAGACGCACUCUGUAACUGAUUAUUCAGGCAUAGUGGAUGACAGCAUCUCUUGUUCCCAUGACGACUACCCUUGCCGAUUUACUGAGGAGUCGGCUAGGUCCCAGCGGGUGAUCCCGCACCGUGUGUUUGGCCCCGUCAGCUUGCUGCAGAAGGCCCAGAUGGGAGCCCUUAAACUGUUGCCUCGUUGUUUGGCUGCAGCUCACACCGUUCUGGGGGUCCAUCCUUUUCCCCGCCUUGAUGUUCUCAUCGUCCCAGCAGGCUUCUCAAGUCUAGGCAUGGCCAGCCCCCAUAUUAUGUUCCUUUCCCAGAGUGUGUUGUGCGCUGGGAGUCCUGGUACUGAAGAGAAGAGCCUGUCCCUGUGUGGGUCCAGAAUUUGCCAUGAGAUCGCCCACUCCUGGUUUGGCCUGGUUAUCGGAGCCCGAGACUGGACUGAGGAAUGGAUCAGCGAGGGCUUUGCCACCUACUUGGAGGACAUUAUUUGGGCCCAAGCACAAAAACUCCCCUUACAAGAGACGGCAGAACAGUCUGACUUGAAGGCUCUGCUGAGGUGGAGACGGCUCUCUGAUGAGUUGCAGAACUCAGAAGAGGCACUUCAAAUCCUCAGGCCAAACAUGGAGAACACUGGUCAGGUCAGUGACUCUGGCUCAUCUACAGUUAAACAUGCCCUCAACCCAGACAAAACCUUCAUGCAAGUCCACUACCUCAAGGGUUACUUCCUUCUCAGGUUCUUGGCCAGUCAAGUAGGAGAGCAACAAUUCAUCAAUUUCUUCAGAUUAUUCGUGAAGAAAUACCAUGGGCAACUCAUUUUGUCUCAGGAUUUUCUGCAAAUGCUGCUGAUUACCUUUCCUGACUUGGAGAGAGAAGGCCUCACCAUCAGUGCUAUUCAUGCUGACUGGCUCGAUCGACCGGGGAUUCCAAAGUGGCUGUAUGAAAGAAGCGCCGUGUGGUCACAGGCAAGACUGGUGGAAGAAGUCAAAGCAGAGGUUGUAAAAUGGAUUCUCCUCAGUCAGAGCCAUCAGGGGAAGGGCAGAAAGCGGAAGAGAAUAGAGCCCAAGGUGAACUACAAAGAGUUGACGUCGGAGCAGCUAGUGGUGCUUUUGGAGCUUCUGCUGGAGGAAGAGGAGCUCAGCGUGCCCACAAUGCUCGCUCUGCAGAGAACUUACAGCCUACAGAAUCAAGAUGCUGAGGUGCAACAUCGCUGGUGUGAGCUGGUGGUCAAACAUGCGUACACUCAGGCUUAUCGAGACGUGGAACACUUUCUGGUUCAUUAUCAGGCCAUGGGUGUGUAUCUGUAUGGCGAGCUGAUGGUUCAGGAGGACCCUCAGCAGCAGGCUCUGGCCCGUCGCUGCCUCUCUCUGGUCCAGGAAGAAAUGGACCAAUCAGCACGCAGAGUGGUGGAAGAGAUGGUCCUAUGAUGUAAGAGAUUUCAUCUGCAGACAGAGAUGAUAGGAGCUUGGCACACUCCCAUCCGGGUACGAGGGUCCAGCACUCACCUCCUUUUCCUCUGUAAGAGACGAGACGCUGCAGAAUCACUCGACAGUGUGGACACCAGAAGGCUCACUCUACAACCAAGGCCAACUGGCAGUGUUCAGAGCACAGCAGCUCUGUCCAUUCAAGUCCAAAGAAAUAACGUUCUGUGAACAAAGUAACAAUACAAACUCUUUCUAUAAAGAUGCUAUGUUGUUUUACGACAUUAUUGCUGUGGUAUGAGAGCAAAAUGACAUCAUGUUUAAAAUGAUAGAGGGAUAUUUCCUGGAUAAAAACACUGCACAGCCAUCGUUGUUUAAAGAUCCUGAGCUGCUGUGUUUAAAUGAGUCUCACUGUGUGUGUGUGUGUGUGUGUGUGUGUGUGUGUGUGUGUGUGUAUGUGUGUGUGUGUGUGUGUGUGUGUGUGUGUGUGUGUGUGUGUGUGUGUGUGUGUGUGUGUGUGUGUGUGUGUGUGUGUUUAGUCUGAAACCAUGGUCUGGUUCUUAAGAGUUUAGACAAAAAAUACUUUCAGGUGAGUCGUAUUUUUAUACAUAACAAAUUACUUGUGUAAUGACAUUGGAAAACAUGUGUAAAUGAAGUUUUUUAACAGCUGUGUUAAAAAAUGAUCAACUUUGGUACAUUGAAGUGAAAAACAUUUUCAUAAAAUAAACACUUUUCUAAAGCAUUCAUUGACGGAGGAAAACCUGGAGUUGUACAGCCUGCCUACUCAACAGAUUGUAUAUGCUAGGUUGAAUUAUUAGAGCCAGAUACAUUUUUCAGAAUUCAUAAACACAUGAUUAUGUAUAACGUAUUUCUGCAUAAAGCAUUGGUCCUUUGAUCCUGUCAUAAAUAAAGGUUGAGUGAAAUCCAAGUCAUUUAAAAAACCAGGUGAUAAUAUGUUUCAUUUCUGUAUUAAAAAAGUCACUGCACAAA